UGGCCCUGUGACAUUCAUUCCUGUUGUCAUUUGGUGACUGACCAAUCAGAUGGGUAGAGUGUGUUACAGAAAUUGGCAGCAAGUAUCCAAUGGGUGAGAGAAGAAGCCAACUGGGGAAGUGGGCAGCCCUGACGUGAUGUGCUCGGCCAGUGGGGACAUUCCUUUCCAAAAGAGGUCGGUGUGACGCAUCUGGAAAUCCACCAUCGGGAAGACCGCCACAGGGUUGGCAGAAGGGGUGACAGCUGCAUUCUCCUGUGCCUACCACGUAACCAAAAAAUGAAGGAGAACUACUGUUUACAAGCCGCCCUGGUGUGCCUGGGCAUGCUGUGCCACAGCCAGGCCUUUGCCACGGAGCGGCGGAGCCACCUGCGGCCCUCCUUCCACGGGCACCAUGAGAAGGGCAAGGAGGGGCAGGUGCUACAGCGCUCCAAGAGGGGCUGGGUCUGGAACCAGUUCUUCGUGAUAGAGGAAUAUACCGGGCCUGACCCCGUGCUCGUGGGUAGGCUUCAUUCCGAUAUUGACUCUGGUGAUGGGAACAUUAAAUACAUUCUCUCAGGUGAAGGAGCCGGAACCAUUUUUGUGAUUGAUGACAAGUCAGGGAACAUUCAUGCCACCAAGACAUUGGACCGAGAGGAGAGAGCCCAGUACACACUAAUGGCUCAAGCGGUGGACAGAGACACUAAUCGGCCCCUGGAGCCGCCGUCGGAAUUCAUCGUCAAGGUCCAGGACAUUAAUGACAACCCUCCGGAGUUCCUGCAUGAGACCUAUCAUGCCAACGUGCCUGAGAGGUCCAAUGUGGGAACAUCGGUAAUCCAGGUGACAGCCUCAGAUGCAGAUGACCCCACCUAUGGAAAUAGCGCCAAGUUAGUGUACAGUAUCCUCGAAGGACAACCCUACUUUUCAGUGGAAGCACAGACAGGUAUCAUCAGAACAGCCCUUCCCAACAUGGACAGGGAAGCCAAGGAGGAGUAUCACGUGGUGAUCCAGGCCAAGGACAUGGGUGGACACAUGGGCGGACUCUCAGGGACAACCAAAGUGAUGAUCACACUGACUGAUGUCAAUGACAACCCACCAAAGUUUCCACAGAGCGUAUACCAGAUGUCUGUGUCUGAAGCAGCCGUGCCUGGGGAGGAAGUAGGACGAGUGAAGGCUAAAGACCCGGACAUUGGAGAGAAUGGCUUAGUCACAUACAAUAUUGUUGACGGAGAUGGCAUGGAAUUAUUUGAAAUCACAACGGACUAUGAAACUCAGGAGGGCGUGGUGAAACUGAAAAAGCCCGUAGAUUUUGAAACCAAAAGAGCAUACAGCUUGAAGGUAGAAGCAGCCAAUGUGCACAUCGACCCGAAGUUCAUCAGCAACGGACCUUUCAAGGACACUGUGACGGUCAAGAUUGCAAUAGAAGAUGCUGAUGAGCCCCCCAUGUUCUUGGCCCCAAGUUACACCCAUGAGGUCCAAGAAAAUGCAGCUGCUGGCACUGUGGUUGGGAGAGUGCAUGCCAAAGACCCUGAUGCUGCCAACAGCCCGAUAAGGUAUUCAAUCGAUCCUCAUACUGACCUCGACAGGUUUUUCACUAUUAAUCCAGAGGACGGGUUUAUUAAAACUACAAAACCUCUGGAUAGAGAGGAAACUGCCUGGCUCAACAUCUCUGUCUUUGCAGCAGAAAUUCACAACCGACAUCAGGAAGCCAAAGUCCCAGUGGCCAUUAGGGUUCUUGAUGUCAAUGAUAACGCUCCCAAGUUUGCUGCCCCUUAUGAAGGCUUCAUCUGUGAGAGUGAUCAGACCAAGCCACUUUCCAACCAGCCAAUUGUUACGAUUAGUGCAGAAGACAAGGAUGACACAGCCAAUGGACCAAGAUUCAUCUUCAGCCUCCCCCCCGAAAUCAUUCACAAUCCAAAUUUCACAGUCAGAGACAACAGAGAUAACACCGCAGGGGUUUACGCCCGGCGCGGAGGGUUCAGUCGGCAGAAGCAGGAUUUAUACCUCCUGCCCAUCGUCAUCAGUGAUGGUGGGAUUCCGCCCAUGAGCAGCACCAACACCCUCACCAUCAAGGUCUGCGGGUGCGAUGUGAACGGGGCUCUGCUGUCCUGCAACGCAGAAGCCUACAUCCUGAACGCCGGCCUCAGCACCGGGGCGCUCAUAGCCAUUCUCGCCUGCAUCGUCAUUCUCCUGGUUAUUGUAGUGUUGUUUGUGACCCUGAGAAGGCAAAAGAAAGAACCACUCAUUGUCUUUGAGGAAGAAGAUGUCCGUGAGAACAUCAUUACCUAUGAUGAUGAAGGAGGAGGAGAGGAAGACACCGAAGCUUUUGAUAUUGCCACCCUCCAGAAUCCUGAUGGGAUCAAUGGAUUUAUCCCUCGCAAAGACAUAAAACCUGAAUAUCAGUACAUGCCUAGACCUGGACUCCGGCCAGCACCCAACAGUGUGGAUGUCGAUGACUUCAUCAACACGAGAAUACAGGAGGCUGACAAUGACCCCACGGCCCCUCCUUAUGACUCCAUUCAAAUCUAUGGUUAUGAAGGCCGGGGCUCGGUGGCUGGGUCCCUGAGCUCCUUAGAGUCUGCCACCACAGAUUCAGACUUGGACUAUGACUAUCUACAGAACUGGGGACCUCGUUUUAAGAAACUAGCAGACUUGUAUGGUUCCAAAGACACUUUUGAUGAUGAUUCUUAACAAUAACAACACAAAUUUGGCCUUAAGAACUGUGUCUGGUGUUCUCAAGAAUCUAGAAGAUGUGUAAACAGGUAUUUUUUUAAAUCAAGGAAAGGCUCAUUUAAAUCAAGUGAAGUUUUAAAGAGAGGAUACAUUUAAUAAAACUGCAAGGACGUCAACGUGGUAAAUACUGUGAAGUACCUUUUCUCACAAAAAGGCAAAUCUUGAAGUUGUUUAUCAACUUCGCUAGAGAAAAACCACUUGGCAUACAAAAUAUUUAAGUGAAGGAGAAGUUUUAUGGUGAACUUACAAUGAAGGGAAAUUGUCGAUGUGUUAUGAACAUCUAAGUCUUUCUUCUUCUUUUUUUUUUUAAUUUGUCAAAGAAGCUUCCACAAAAUUAGAAAGGACAACAGUUCUGAGCUGUAAUUUCGCCUUAAACUAUGGACACUCUAUAUGUAGUGCAUUUUUAAACUUGAAAUAUAUAAUAUUCAGCCAGCUUAAACCCAUACAAUGUAUGUACAAUACAAUGUACAAUUAUGUCUCUUGAGCAUCAAUCUUGUUACUGCUGAUUCUUGUAAAUCUUUUUGCUUCUACUUUCAUCUUAAACUAAUACGUGCCAGAUAUAACUGUCUUGUUUCAGUGAGAGACGCCCUAUUUCUAUGUCAUUUUUAAUGUAUCUAUUUGUACAAUUUUAAAGUUCUUAUUUUAGUAUACAUACAAAUAUCAGUAUUCUGACAUGUAAGAAAAUGUUAUGGCAUCACACUUAUAUUUUAUGAACAUUGUACUGUUGCUUUAAUAUGAGCUUCAAUAUAAGAAGCAACCUUUGAAAUAAAAAAAAGAUUCUUUUUUAAU